ACUUCGUUGUGUUCCUGAUAGUAAAUACACGUGUUGUACAGUUUUAGGUUGAUUUUUUAGUUAUACUCGGCCAAAAACAUGAAGAAGGACAAAAAGGUAACCAAAAAACAAGUCGCUAUGACCGCUGAAGUCGUCGAUAAAAAGUACGAUCUAAUCAAAACCAUAAACGAGGACGAAGACGUUGAGAAUUUAUCGGCUGAAUCUGAUGUCGAAGUGGAGUAUCAGCCAACUAAACUAAAAAAUCAGAAAAAGGGUGAUUUCGACGGUAACUUUAAGUUCGUUUCGUCCGUAAGCGAAUACAACCACGACACUUGGGAUGACCUGAUGAAAUUUGUUAAGAAAAAGAACCGCGGCAAGGUAGACGAUAAAAUCGCACACGUUAUAAAAGGACGUUCCAAGGAGAAAGCCGAUAUACUUAAUGGGGGAGAUGAUGAUCUAGAUCCCAGUUCGUACAACAAUGAAGUCGACUUGUCGGACGAUGAACUUAAGCAUGACGUUAUGAGGGUGAAACCGAAAAAGGGCAAAAAACGAGAAAUUGAAAAUGGAAAUAAUGAAGUCGAAAUUGAAGAUGACGAUGAGGAGCAAAAAGAUUUUUUCGAGGAAGUUAAAAACCACGACGAAAUAUCGUCCUUCUAUCAGAUGAAUUUAUCUCGUCCGCUGAUGAAGGCUAUCGGAGUUCUUGGUUACAUUUAUCCUACACCGAUUCAAGCUGCUACAAUUCCUAUAGGUUUACUGGGCAGAGACAUCUGUGGUUGCGCGGCGACUGGUACUGGAAAAACAGCUGCGUACAUGCUGCCGACUCUAGAGCGUUUACUGUACAAACCGGCAUCAGCACAGGCGGUAACCAGGGUGCUUGUUCUAGUGCCAACGCGUGAAUUGGGCGCACAAGUAUAUCAGGUUUCCAAACAGUUAACUCAGUUCACAAAUAUUGAAGUUGGAAUCGCUAUCGGUGGGUUGGAUGUAAAAGCGCAGGAAGCGGUACUUAGAACGAAUCCCGAUAUUGUCAUCGCAACACCGGGUCGAUUGAUUGAUCACAUAAAAAAUACGCCUAGCUUUUCGUUGGAUUCUAUAGAGGUGCUAAUAUUGGACGAAGCUGAUCGUAUGUUGGAUGAAUAUUUUGCCGAACAGAUGAAAGAAAUUAUUCAGAGUUGCAGUAAAACACGACAAACUAUGUUAUUCUCUGCAACCAUGACGGAUCAGGUGAAAGAUUUGGUAGCAGUUUCACUGUCGAAACCGGUCAAAGUUUUCGUCAACAACAACCAAACGGUAGCGUUCAAUCUCCGACAGGAGUUUAUAAGAAUUCGUGAAGGGCGUGAAUCUGACCGUGAACCAUUAUUGGCCGCGUUGCUGUGCCGUACCUUCCACGAUCAUUGUAUGGUGUUUGUUCAGACGAAAAAAACCGCCCAUCGGUUAAGAAUUCUAAUCGGCUUACUGGGCAUUAAAGCGGGUGAAUUACAUGGCGACCUAACACAAUCGCAGCGUUUAGAAUCUUUGAAACAGUUCAAAGAUGAACAAAUCGAUGUUCUCGUGGCGACUGAUGUGGCUGCUCGUGGGUUGGAUAUAAGUGGUGUGAAAACUGUUAUUAAUUUUGUAAUGCCCAUUACACUUGAACAUUACAUUCAUCGUGUCGGUCGUACUGCUCGUGCGGGUAAAGCCGGUGUUUCUGUCUCCUUGGCGGGAGAACUGGAGAGGAAGAUUGUAAAAGAUAUCAUAAAAAAUGCUGUCAAUCCUGUUAAGAAUCGCAUUAUUCCACCGGAAAUUAUAGAAAAAUAUAGGAAUAAGGUCCAAGCAUUAGAAACGGAAAUCGAAAAAGUACUGCAAGAAGAAAGAGCUGAAAAAUUGUUGCGUCAAACUGAAGAACAGUUGAACAAAACGGAGCAAAAACUAAAAGGAGUUGUAGGUGGCCCAAGUCGUGAAUGGUUCCAGAGUCGGAAGGAUCGAAAAGAAGAAAAGGAGCGCCUUUCGUUGAAGUCCGACACGGACAAGGAGAACAAGAAAAAAAGCAAAAAACGAAAGCGGGGUGAAGAUAGCGAUGACGAGUUCGACCCGGUCAAAUUUCAGCAAGCAAAAAUGCAAAAAAUGGCAAAGAAAAAGGCAGAAGUCAAUAAAACUCCCAGCCAACUGGCGAAGGAGCGUGCCCUACAGGAGCUAACGAAGGUGUCCCUGGUACAGGCCAAACUUUCGAAAAUUAAAAACCGGCCAUCGAGAGUUACUGCCACCGGGGAAGAGCGCAUGGGUAAAGGAACGGCUGAAAAGCCUGGCGCUAAACGUAAAGGGCGACUGUCCCGUUUUGAACGAGACCUUACCGAUAUCAGCAAAAAGGGAGUUAAAAAGCUGAGGUAUGAUGCAACCAAAAAGCAAAGGAUGGAUAAAAAGGGGAAAGGAAAGCCUGACAAAGCGAAAAUUAGCGUCGAUAAGUUCCGUAACAAGAAAGGAUUGAAUAAGCAGAACAAAGGGAAGUCUUUCGGACCGAAACAGUCGAAGAAGGGAAAACGUUAGAUUAGAAAACAGUUGUUAAUAUAAGUAUUAUUAACAAAAAUAAAUUGUUUUCACUCCUAA